CGCACGAGGGCAGCACCGUGCAGUCACUCGACGUGUGUGCCAUGCUUGUGGAAGACGAUCGGCGAAGCAUCGAGGUGUUUAUGGCCGUGUCGGCGUUUUGUCUCUGUGACCUCAUAAUCAUUUCUAUGUUACCGCUGUCAACUACUACAUAUUGUACACGGAUAAUCCGUACAGCGAUGGUCGGUAGUUGCUGUUAGUGGACGAUGGUGCACAAAAGGUGUCCAGAGUGCCAACAACAGCUUGCUAACGCAUGUAGAAAGUGUGCCUGUGGGCACGACUUCUCAAGGAAAAACAAAGCAGUGCCAGAACUAGGAGAGAGUAGCGACCAACCUAAGGUGAGAAGGACUGAUCGACUUCUGCGAGAGAGGAGAGACAAACCAGAUUAUACAGCAACAGAGAUAGAACAUCAGUUGAGAAGACUGGAGAGAGGUAGCUCUUAUAGACCUCUUACGCAUAAAGCCACCCUGAGUACGUCAGCAAGCAAGAUAGCCAGCCAAAAGGCUGCAUCCAUCUCAUCAAAGUCUUCCUCUUCCUCGGAAAAGACCGGCCCUGUGAGCAUCACUUCCAGCAAUAAAAGCGAAGAGACAGCAGCAGGUGGUGACGAUUCACAGAAGGCACUGAGAAGGUCGUCUGGAAGAGUAGAACUCCUCAUUCGCCGACGCAGCGAAAGCUCACACAGCAACGGAAACGGGAAUUCGAGCGGCAGAGACGAAGAUGUCUCCAUAAACUUGUCCGCGGAGAAACCGUUCCAGUGCUCAGUGAUUCUUGCAGAAAUUAACAGGAAGAUUCAGUCUCAGACGAUCCAGCUGGACGCUUGAUUGGUUGUCACGGCAACGGAGGUACAAUGAUCGCCAACGGCGACCACGUCAUCCUCAAGAAGGACGAUUGCAUCCGACUCUUCCAAGUGCAGAGCAAGCGGACGAUCGUCAUCGAGAAGUUCAAAUUCAUGCUAGAUGGCGCCAUCGGGCACCCGUACGGCACGACGUUCGACGUCAAGGACGGGCGUCUGCUGAAGGUGUGCGGACGCGCGCCGCACGUCGACGCAGAGGGCGCCGCCGAGCCCGGGCGCGACAACAGGGGGCUGAACGACGUCGGCGACGCGCAGAAGCUGUCGCACGUCGAGAUCGACCGUCUGCGCGCGGACGGCGUCGCCGGCGGCGACAUCGUCACGCACCUCGUGCAGAACAGCGCCACCUUCAGGGAGAAGACGCAGUUCUCGCAGCAGAAGUACCUGCGCAAGAAGCGCGCGAAGUACGUCGCUCGCUUCGCCGUGCUGCGGCCGUCGACGCGCAUUCUCUGCCAGGUGUUCCUCGAUCGCGGCCCGCAGAAGGUGCUCAAUCUGCGCGCGGACUCGCUCGCACAGAUGCUGACACAGACGAACAUCCGAGCGCACAGCAAGGUCAUCGUCGUGGAGUCGUGUCAGGGCCUGAUUGUCGGCGCCGUGCUGGAGAGGCUGGGCGGACACGGCAUCGUCGUUCAGCUGCACCACGAGGACACGCCCCCUCGACAGGCCCUCGACGCCUACGACUUCCCGAAAGAGAUGACGGACAACGUUCACUUGUCGUUCCCGCUCACGCGGCUGGCGUCGCUGACGAAACACAAGAACGUCGCGGGAUCGGUGGACGAUCUGGCAGCAGAAGGGAUCUGCAAACAGGUGCCCACAGGUGGCGCUGCAACCGCAGCAGCGACGGAGGAAGAUCUGCAGGUAGACACGACCGCAACAAGUGCCAAAGAGAACAUUCCUGAAGUGAGCGAUACACCCGGCGAAACACGCAGGAUAACAUCCGGGGAUACACCCGGGGAUACACCCGGGGAAACAUCCAGGAAUACAACCAAGGAUGCAUCCGGGAAUACACCCGGAGAUGGGCCGGAGAGCACCCUGCAUCUAGGGAACGCACAAGAAGCUAGCGAGGGCGACGAACAACGACAGACGAACGACGCUUCGCCGAACUGCGCAUCUCCCAUGAACGACGGAAGCGCGGAGCCGGCCGUCGCCGCGGAAACGGAGACGGCGCGGGGAACGAAGAGGGCGCUGGACGGCGGCGGCGGCGGCGGCGGGCGGGCGCAACGUCGCGCGGCGAAGCAUCGCGACAUGGACCGCGCUCGCUCGCUGCUGCAGCGCGGGUCGAUGGACGCGCUCAUCGUCGCUACAAAGUUCCACCCGACGAACGUCGUCGCGAAGCUCAUCGAGUUUGUCGGGGCGUCGCGCGGCGUCGCCGUGUUCUCGCCGUACCAAGAGCCGCUCGUCGACUGCUUCACGCGUCUGCGCGAGCGCGGCGGCAUCGUCAACCUGAACCUCACCGAGACGUGGCUGCGCAAGUACCAGGUGAUGCCCGACAGGACGCAUCCGGAGAUGAACAUGUCGGGAACCGGAGGCUAUCUCCUCACGGGCAUCGUCGUCGAUAAGGAGCCCGCGGCGGUGUCGCCGUCGUGAAUGCUCACUUGUUUAGAAAUGUCUGCCGGUCGAACCUGCAUCGUGAAGACACGGCGUUUGAUCUGCUCGUGAUUGCUCACUUGUUUAGAAAUGUCGGCCGGUCGAAUCUGCGCCAUGAAGAAGCUGCGUUUGAUCGGCUCGUAAAUGCUCACUUGUUUAAAAAUGUCUGUGCGCACGAGGAAGAGGGCACAGUUUGGUUAGUCGCUGCAAUUAGGUGAGUUCAUCGUGAGAGAUGGUGCUGCUCCAUUGUGUUCAGAAAAUAAAUACUCAUGCUUAAUACAGUGGUAGGUGACGAAUAAAACAAAGAGGCAUUUAGCCAUGUGUUGUAUGCUUGAAAGAAGUCAAUCAUAGUUAAGCAUGAAGUUCAGUGGGUUGGUGACGUUUCUGAUAAUUUUCUGACCAGGAUAAUUGAAUUUAUUGUAGACGUCUAGUAGGUCAUAAUGCCAAGGAAUCCAUGUGUUUUAAUAUUACUGUGUAGACCAAUGUACUAACUUUUUUCAUAUAGAUUUGUGCAUUUAUGUGAAAUUUAAGUGAUUUAAUGUGUCAAGCAGAAAUAUGUCGCAAAUGUUAAUCAUCUUAAAAAUAAAUACACAUUGAUUUAUUUAAAAAACCAAAA